GACUGAAAACCAAGCAGAAUUGCAGAAAAGAGAAGUGAAUUGAAGAAGAUCAGAUGGUGGUUCUUCUUUCAAACUGGUCUGAUGUUCAAUCUGUGCCUGAACGUUACAUCUUCCCAUCCGAUGUCAGACCUGGAAACCUCGAUUUCCCCACUUAUACCGACAUUCCAGUCAUAGACCUCGGAAAUCCUGACAAAAAUGAAACCAUUCAGCAGAUCCUUAAAGCAUGCCAAGACUCUGGGAUUUUCCAGGUGAUUAACCAUGGAGUGUCUGAGGAUCUAAUGGAUGAAACAAUGAAUGUUCUUGAGGAAUUCUUCAAUCUGCCUGGAGAAUACAAGGAAAGGUUUUACUCCCAGGACAUAACUAAACCCUGCAGAAUUUUCUCCAGCACUUUAGCUUAUGAAACCGAAGAGUUUCACUACUGGAGAGACAACUUCACCCACAGAUGUCACCCCCUGGAAGAUAACAUCCAUUCCUGGCCAGAAAACCCCACCAAAUACAGAUCUGUUGUGAGUAAGUAUUCUGUCGAAACUCGAAUGCUUCUGCUGAGGAUCUUGAAUAUGAUAUCUCAAGGACUGGGAAUCGAACCGGGCUACUUUGAAGGAGAAUUGAGCAAAACUCACUUAUUCUCAGUGAACCAUCACAUUCCAUGCCCUGAUCCAUCUCUCACUCUGGGAAUGCCUGUGCAUGCUGAUCCAAAUCUCAUCACCCUUCUUCACCAGGGUCAUGUUCCAGGGCUUCAGCUCCUCAAAGAUGGCCGCUGGACCGAAGUUGCCCCUCUCCGUAACGCCUUCAUCAUCCUACCUGGCCUAACCUUAAAGGUGGUGAGCAAUGACAGGUUCAACACAGCAAUACAUCGUGUGGUGACGAACUCAAAACAGACCCGAACUACCAUCGGAGUGUUUCUUGGGCCGUCUCAAGAAAUCUCCAUUGAACCGGCUGGAGCUUUGGUGGAUUCAGGCGAGGCGCCGGUGUACCGGGGUUUUACGUACCCAGAGUUGUUCAACGUCUUCAAGGUAAAUCAUUGCGAUGCACUCCGAUGCUUCAAGACCGACUCUAAUUAGUUGUGUUUAAGCGAAAUGAUUAUGUGAAUGAAUAUUUUCUGUGUAAAAGGAAGGCAGAAUAAUCCUUUAGGUAGUUGUUGCAGACUUUUUUAUAAAUAAAAUAAAUAUUUCAUAUGUAAUAUAAAGUGUUGAAGGUGUGGAAGAAAUAAAUGGUAGCAUGAGCUUUGCUUGGUU